UUUCCAGCUGUCCCUCAAUCGGUUGGGAUUUCGGAACCACCACAGGAGAGAAUCACCGGGAAGGGUUUCGUUUUGGUGAUAAAAAACCAGCACAUUUACACCUUCACAUGGUCACACAAACACGCAACCAGCUACUACAUCCUGUAUUUCACGAUGGAAACCGAACUAUGAGGUGUUGUGCAGUGCUGAAGAAGACUGAGUGAACCAUGGCACAGUUCCCCACCACAUUCACAGAUGUGUUCCUGAUCUCCGUGGAUGAGAGAGUCAAACAUGAUCAGCAGUUUCUCAGCCUCUCUCCGACUGCCGGGGGUUACAUCACAGGCGACCAAGCCAGGAACUUCUUCCUUCAAUCAGGUCUGCCCCCCCCCAUCCUGGCCCAAAUCUGGGCUCUGGCUGACAUGAACAGCGAUGGUCGUAUGGACAUCCACGAGUUCUCCAUCGCCAUGAAGCUCAUCAAGCUGAAGCUCCAAGGUCACCCUCUGCCCCCCCAGCUUCCUCCCAGCAUGAAACAACCCGCACUGGCUUUACCCCCACAGAGCGGCUUUGGUAUGCCUCCCAUGCCCCCCAUGCCUCCCAUCUCGGCUGCUCCACUCCCCCUGCCUCCCCUCCCCGUCGGAGUGUCUCCCCCACUCGUCUCGUCUGCCCCUCCUCCCCUCCCACCGCCCAUCGCCAACGGAGCCCCUCCCACAGGCAUGAUGCAGCCCAUCUCAGGCUUCGCAGCUCCCUCGUCGUUUAAUCGUUCCAGUACCAAGUUGCAGAAGGGGCAGUCCGUGGACGUUGCCAGCGUUCAGCCGCCCUGUGACUGGGCUGUUCCUCAGUCCUCCAGGCUCAAGUACAGACAGCUUUUUAACUCCCAUGACAAGAUGAUGAGUGGACACCUCACAGGUCCUCAGGCUCGCACUAUCCUGAUGCAGUCCAGUCUCCCUCAGGGCCAGCUGGCCACGAUAUGGAGUCUCUCCGAUAUCGACCAGGAUGGAAAGCUAACAGCAGAGGAGUUCAUCUUAGCCAUGCACCUCAUAGAUAUGGCGAUGUCAGGUUUACCGCUGCCCCCCGUGUUACCACCAGAUUACCUCCCACCCACAUUCAGGCGCGUGCGGAGUGACAGCAUUCAGUCGGACCAGAAGAGCGUCCAGGAGGAGGUGGAGGAGGAGGCGGAGAGCAGCCAGAAACUACCAGUGACGUUCGAGGACAAGAAGAGGGAGAACUUUGAGCGAGGAAACCUGGAGCUGGAGAAGAGACGUCAUGCUCUGCAGGAGCUGCAGAGGAAGGAGCAGGAGAGGCUGGCUAUGCUGGAGAGGGAGGAGCAGGACAGAAAGGAGCGCGAGCGUCUGGAGCAGGAGAGGAGACGACAACACGAGUUAGAAAAACAACUGGAGAGACAGAGAGAGCUGGAGAGGCACAGAGAGGAGGAGAGACGCAAAGAGAUAGAGAGGAGAGAGGCUGCCAAGCGUGAAUUAGAGCGUCAGCGUCAGUUGGAGUGGGAGCGUCAACGUCGCCAGGAGCUUCUGACUCAAAGGAACCGAGAGCAGGAGAGCAUAGUGCUGCUCAAAGCCAGGAAGAAGACCCUGGAGUUUGAACUGGAGGCUCUGAAUGAUAAGAAGUCCCAGUUGGAAGGCAAGCUGAAGGAUGUUCGGUAUCGUCUGUCGGCUCAGCGGAGAGAGGUGGAGCAGACCAACCUGACCAGAGAAACACGCAUCGCCGAAAUCACCCUGCUUCAACAGCAGCUGCAGGACUCCCAGCAGUGGUUGGGGAGGCUAAUUCCUGAUAAACAAUGUCUCAACGACGAGCUGAAGCAGGUUCAACAGAACAGUCUGCAUCGAUCUCCCGCUGUCUGCGUGUCUUCAGGUGACAGCCUGUCGUCCCUGCAGAGGGCUGUGGAGCAGAAGGAGAUGAGCAGACAGCAGCUCAGAGAGCAGCUCGACACGGUGGAGAGAGAGACGAGGGCCAAGCUGCUGGAAAUAGACGCAUUCAACACCCAGCUGAAGUCUCUGUGUGAGUUCUAUGCCAACCACUGUGCCAGGAUAGAAGCCCUGCGACGCCAGCUUCAGGACGAACAGAGAGGGAGACAGGAGCUGAGGGAGAUCCACAUCCGGCAGCAGAGGCAGAAGCAGAGGGAGCUGGACGGAGACGUGCACACACUGACACACACACACGCUCACAUACACACCCCGAUCGAGAGGAAGUCUGCUGAGCUGCAGGACGGCAGGUUGUCGUCAGAGGAGGCCGUGUCCUGGAGGGAUGAAGCUACAAGCUCCGCCCCCAACGCCCCGAGCCCCCCCUCCAUCUCUGCACCCCACGCCUGGCUGAACAGAGUGGCUCAGGAAGAGGAGGAGAGGAAGAGGAGAGGGAUGGAGGAUGAGGAGGAAGAGGAGGAGGAGGAGGAUGAUGAGGAGGGCAGGAAGGGAGCAGGAUCGGCAGAAGAGAUGGAGGAUGAAGGGAGAGGCAAGAAGGACAUGCAGGAGAAGCUGAGCAAGCUGUUCAGCCAGCCGGCCGACCCCUGGGCUUCAACAGGGGAAAAGGCUCCGGUACCACCCGGUCGGUUUGACCAGAAGGCUCCGGUACCACCUGGUCGGUUUGACCAGAAGGCCCCGGUACCACCCGGUCUGUUUGACCAAAAGGCUCCGGUACCACCUGGUCUGUUUGACCAGAAGGCCCCGGUACCACCCGGUCUGUUCGACCAGAAGGCUCCGGUACCACCCGGUCUGUUCGACCAGAAGGCUCCUGUCAGUAGCUUCGACCAGCAGCCGGUGAAGGUGGUCUACUACAGGGCUCUGUAUCCAUUUGAUGCCCGCAGCCACGACGAGAUCAGUAUCGCUCCCGGAGAUGUAAUCAUGGUGAAGGGGGAAUGGGUGGAUGAAUCCCAAACGGGGGAACCGGGUUGGCUGGGAGGAGAGCUCAGGGGCCGGACUGGUUGGUUUCCAGCUAAUUACGCCGAACGGAUUCCGGACAGCGAAGCACCAAUCAGCCUGCGUGCCACGGCCUCGGCCCCGCCCACCGCAGCCCAGCAGCCAAUGUCCACGCCUCCCCCCGCUCCUGGACACGCCUCCUCCUCCUCCGCAUCCUCCGUCAACAGUAACUGGGCCGACUUCAGCACCACUUGGCCCUCCAACACAGCCAAUCAAUCAGACAGCGAGGGGUGGGACGCGUGGCCGACCUCCUCGACCAAUCAGAACCCUUCGCUCAGUGUUCCGUCAGCGCAGUUACGACAACGCUCCGCCUUCACACCCGCUACGAUGACCACAGGCUCCUCCCCUUCUCCCGUGCUGGGGCAGGGGGAGAAGGUCGAGGGUCUUCAGGCUCAGGCUUUGUAUCCAUGGAGAGCAAAGAAGGACAACCACCUCAACUUCAACAAAAACGAGAUCAUAACCGUGUUGGAGCAGCAGGACAUGUGGUGGUUAGGUGAGCUGCAGACCGGACAGAGAGGCUGGUUCCCUAAAAGUUACGUGAAGCUCAUCUCCGCCACCAUGACGCCCCCCCCUGGUGCCGCGCCGCGUAUCAAAAACACCAGUGAGUCUGGAGUAUCAGAAAGCCCCCCCAAUGGAAAACGUCCGUCCCCUUCCCCAACAAAACUCUCUGAGUCUGGAGAAGAGUACGUGGCCAUGUACACCUACGAGAGCAGUGAACAGGGGGACCUGAGCUUCCAGCAAGGAGACGUGGUCAUGGUCACCAGGAAAGAAGGGGAUUGGUGGACGGGCAUGGUCGGGGGCAAGACGGGCGUCUUUCCCUCCAAUUAUGUCAAACCACGAGACUCGGCCUCAGAGGCUUUGGGACCAGCAGGGAAGACGGGCAGCCUGGGUAAGAAACCAGAGAUCGCUCAGGUGAUCGCCCCCUACAGUGCGACAGGAGCAGAGCAGCUGACUUUAGCUCCAGGACAGCUCAUCCUCAUCAGGAAAAAAAACCCGGGGGGCUGGUGGGAGGGCGAGCUCCAGGCUCGGGGGAAGAAGCGCCAGAUUGGUUGGUUUCCGGCCAACUACGUGAAGCUGCUCAGUCCCAGCACCAGCAAGACGACGCCCACAGAGCCCACCCCUCCAAAACUGGUUACGGCCGGCACGGGUCCUCACACAGCGGUGUGUCAGGUGAUUGGCAUGUAUGACUACGUGGCCCAGAACGACGACGAGCUGGCCUUCAUGAAGGGUCAGGUGAUCGCGGUGCUCAACAAGGACGACUGUGAUUGGUGGAAGGGAGAGCUCAACGGGAGGGAGGGUCUGUUCCCCAGCAACUACGUCAAACUCACCACAGAUACUGACCCGAGCACGCAGUGGUGCGCUGACCUCCACCUGCUGGACAUGCUGAGUCCCAUGGAGAGGAAGAGGCAGGGCUACAUCCACGAGCUCAUCGUCACCGAGGAGAACUACGCCAACGACCUGCAGCUCGUCACUGAGAUCUUCCACAAGCCUCUGUUGGAGUGCGAGCUGCUGACGGAGAAGGAGGUGGCCAUGAUCUUCGUCAACUGGAAGGAGCUCAUCAUGUGCAACAUCAAACUGCUCAAGGCUCUGAGAGUGAGGAAGAAGAUGUCAGGCGACCGGAUGCCCGUGAAGAUGAUUGGUGACAUCCUGACCAACCAGCUGCCUCACAUGCAGCCAUACAUCAGGUUCUGUUCGUGUCAGCUGAACGGAGCCACGCUGAUUCAGCAGAAAACUGACGACAGCCCGGAGAUCAAAGACUUCCUGAAGAGGUUAGCGAUGGAUCCCCGGUGUAAAGGGAUGCCUCUGUCCAGCUUCCUGCUCAAACCUAUGCAGAGAGUCACACGCUACCCGCUCAUCAUCAAGAACAUCAUAGAAAACACUCCGGAGUCACAUCCAGACAACAGCCAUCUGAAGGCUGCUCUGGAGAAAGCAGAGGAGCUGUGCUCACAGGUGAAUGAGGGCGUCAGGGAGAAGGAGAACUCAGAUCGUCUAGAGUGGAUUCAGGCUCACGUCCAGUGUGAAGGCCUGUCUGAGCAACUGGUGUUUAACUCCGUCACCAACUGUCUGGGUCCCAGGAAGUUCCUCCACAGCGGGAAGUUGUUUAAAGCCAAGAGCAGCAAGGAGCUCUACGGCUUCCUGUUCAAUGACUUCCUGCUGCUGACUCAGGUGACCAAACCUUUGGGCUCGUCGGGCUCGGACAAAGUCUUCUCCUCGAAAACACACCUGCAGUACCGCAUGUACAAGACGCCGAUCUUCCUGAACGAAGUGUUGGUGAAGCUGCCGACGGACCCGUCAGGAGAUGAACCUCUGUUCCACAUCUCUCACAUCGACAGAGUUUACACACUCAGAGCUGAGAGUAUCAAUGAAAGGACGGCGUGGGUUCAGAAGAUUAAAGCAGCUUCAGAGCUCUUCAUUGAGACGGAGAAGAAGAAGAGAGAGAAGGCAUAUCUAGUUCGUUCUCAGAGAGCCACGGGUAUCGGGAGACUGAUGGUCAACAUCGUGGAGGGAAUCGAGCUCAAACCCUGUCGCUCCCACGGAAAGAGUAACCCAUACUGUGAGGUAACCAUGGGUUCACAGUGCCAUAUCACAAAAACAUUACAGGACACGUUGAAUCCAAAGUGGAACUCCAACUGUCAGUUUUUUAUAAAGGACCUUGAGCAGGACGUCCUGUGUGUCACUGUGUUUGAACGAGACCAGUUCUCACCCGACGACUUCCUGGGCAGGACAGAGAUCCGGUUGGCUGAAAUAAAGAAGGACCAGGGCUCUAAAGGACCAAUCACCAAGCGGUUGCUGCUCCACGAGGUUCCCACAGGAGAGAUCGUGGUCAGGCUGGACCUCCAGCUGUUUGAGGAACCGUAGAAAGAAGCCUGGACAAGAUCCUACUGGACUGGACUGUAUCUAAGAGAUGUGGAUCAGACAGUCGGGCCGGGUUAGACUGGACUGGAUUCUCUUAGUUUGGUCCGGUUCAGUUUCUGAGAGUUUAUUGGGGCCCAACAGCAAAGGGCCCCAAUAACAAUAACACAAAUGCAUGGUAACUUUCAGUGAAUUUAGGAGCAAUCUGCAGACGUAAAUAGACAAAGUAAUAAAAUAAAACACCGUAAGAAGACAUGUUAGGGAAGCAAAAUAGCACAAAAUCUCAAAUUUAAUCAAUGUCUCUCCUUAAUUUUCAACUAAAAACCGGACGUCUGCAGGCUCUGAUGUCUCCUAAUGUCUUACAAACACUUUAAAGUCUUGAGUUAUAUAUCACUGGUCUUAAAAAUGUAUUUAAAGACGAGCAGCUCUUAUAAACGACUCCAUCGUGCUAAUUAGCUUAGCAUAAAGCAUGAUGGUGUACUACCAAGACCUGUUUCUAUUACAGUCCAGUCCACGUCUGUCCUCCCUCCAGUCUGGUCCACUUCAGUACUGAGUCCGUUUAAUCCAGUCCAGUCAGUCCUCAGCCGGGUCUUUAAUGUUUUCUCUUUCUCUGCUUCAUCAGACAGUCUCCGACACUCCAGUGACAAUCCCAGCCCUCCUUUUAGUCCCAAUGAACCUGUGUGUGCGUGUGUGUGCGUGUGUGUGCGUGUGUGUGUGUGUGUGUGCGUGCAUAUGUGUGCGUGUGUGUGUGCGUGUGUGCGUGUGUGUGUGUGUGUGUGUGUGUGUGAAUGAUUGUAUGAGUGUCUCUCUUGAUGGACAGGCUAAUUAAAGGUACAUUUUUAUUUAAUUUUCUUUUAACGUCAAGUCUUACAAACUCUGAGUCUUAAGUUAAACUCCUCAGGCUUUCAGCUGCAAGGCUCUGCAUCUAAAGGGACUUUUUGAUUUUCCGUCUGUAUUAGACCGUCACUGAACACUUGCCACAUUAUCGCAAAAAGCUAAAUAUGCACAGGUUUCAUGAGAAAUGCUAACGAUGCUAAGUAGCUGAAAAAGUAGACAUAUUUUACCCCAAUAUGUGACAAGUGUCCCGUGUGAAUUAACAUCAAAAUGUCCCUUUUAGAUGUAUAAUAAUAAUAAUAGUACUGCUGAAACAAAGGCAGACAGGGAACGGGUGUGACCGCUAUCAGUUGUCGAGAAGAAUGUCUUAAUCUUUCUUAUUUUUGUGAUGUUGGACGCACACUGGGGGUUGUAGUUUUUAGGUGAUUUCUGUCACACAUCUCACCUCUGUUGUGUUGUUGCUGCUGUGUGGAGGCGUCACAGUGGGUGUCACUAUGCAGGGGGAGGAAAAGCCCUGAAAGAACCAAGGGGGGGGGCCCAGAUCUGCAUAGGGGCCCUCGAAAAAACAUGCUUAGGUACUACAUGUAUUUUAUAGGAACAGCCUUUUAGAAAACACACGCUAACCCUGAGCAAGCUCCAUGUAAAAUAAUAAAAUAAAGUUUCGCUGUGCGUCGGCACUCCCAGCACUUUUAAAACACACACACACUGUCGCUGCACAGCAGGACUCGACUGAACAACGUUCCACAGCGGCCAUUUUGAAUAGUCAAGGAAGGAAAUGUCACAAAAAUGUAACGUAUACAAUGGUGAAACGAAUAUUAUCACUCCCCGAGCACUGUCAUUUUAAGCUUCCUGAUAGGAGGAAGUAGUGCAUUGGUGGGGGACUACUUUCAGCGGUGGAUUAAUACACAUUUGGUAGUGAAGGAACAUCAGUGUGUGGCUCAUUGAUGUGUUUUUAAUAAGAGGAAGAAGAUAAACACAGACAGUCCUUGUUAGUAGGAUCAACUAAAUAUAGAUUAUCAUCGGUCCGUGUCUUUAAAACGUUCAGAAUAAAAACUUCUCCUCCAGUUAUUGUCACUAUUUUUAAAAGAAGCAUAUCAUUCACUGAAUUAUCAUUGUCGAAAAAGUUACUUUGAAGGUAAUCUUUCCCAACACGAGCAUUCAAAAUGGCCGCUGCACCAGCCGGUUGGACAGAUGAGUGUUUGCCAGUCUUCAUCCCUGUAAACCUCCUCCUCCUCCUCUCCAGACUACUGAAACUGAUCCAGUUUGAACCCGUUCUCACUGUCUCUACCCUCCAGGUUGUGAAUAAUACUACUGCUCUCUGAGAGUUAAUAUAUGAGUGCUACGUGGGGGCGAUGGAGGCGGCCUGCUGUUAAUUAUCACUGUAGAAGAAGAAGAUGUACUUUGUUGUCUUUCAAUGUUCAGAAUAAACUUCGGUUGGACCAAGA